UUGGCGGCGUUUCAGUCAAUUUGCACGUGUGAUUAUGAUCAUAAUCGAAGUGAUUGAAACUAAAACGUAAUUAAAUUAUUUCUUGAUGAACUAUUAAAUAUGAUGUCUGGAAGGUCUGCAGUAACAGAAAACCCUUUGGGAUUUUCUUGGCACGACAGUGCGUGGAUUCCUGUACUUAAUCCAAGUAAUAUAAUGGAUUAUUUUUCUGAAAGAAGUAAUCCUUUUUAUGACAGGACAUGUAAUAAUGAAAUAGUUAAAAUGCAACGUCUAAAUCCCGAUCAAUUAACGAAUAUGACAGGCUUGGAAUAUAUUCUUUUACACGUUCAAGAACCUAUUUUAUAUGUAAUUAGAAAACAACAUCGUCAUUCCCCUACUUUGGCUGCGCCGCUUACUGAUUAUUAUAUAAUCGCAGGUGUUGUUUAUCAAGCGCCAGACUUGGCAUCUAUUGUUAGUUCGAAAUUGCUUUCCACAGUUCAUCAUUUACAAUCUGCGUUUGAAGAAGCUAGUUCAUGUUCUCGUUACCAUCCUAGUAAAGGGUAUAAUUGGGAUUUUAAAAAUGGAAAAUCCAUUACUGCUAAGAAAGAAACACCAGUACGCGAAGAACCAAGUUCCUUGUUUCAGCGUCAAAGAGUAGACAUGUUACUCGGAGAACUUACACGCAAAUUUCCUUUACCUGUACCCAAACCAGCUCAUCAAGCAACAGAGACUACUACUGAUAUUAAACAAGAAGUGAAAGUUGAAAAGAAAGAUAUGAAACCACCGCCAGAAAAAAAACCUAGAGCAAAUUAAAGAGGACAAUUCGUACAAAUCUAUCAAAGAUAUCUGCAUCAUAAUGCGAUAUACGAAUGCUAAAAAUAGAUUAGAUUCGAGAGCAGAGUGAAUGAUGUGCGACGAUAACGUGUGCGAUGAUUGUUUAGAAACUGAAAUUUUUCAAUAUGAAAAUGAUACUUUCGAUGAAUUUAUCACGAAUUUGCAACAUAAAAAAUGUAAAGUAAUACAAUUGGUACGAAGACAAAUACAUAAGUUUAAGGAUACGCAAGUACGAUUUGUUUUUUAUCUGUAAUAUACAUAUAUAACCAAAAUAAAAAAGGAUUAAUA